UUGGCCAUAACCACAACUUCUACACUCAAGUACAGGCAUCGCUGAACUCCUAGAAAAUUGCUGUAACUUGCAAAGAAGAAGUUAACUCAAGAGUGUGAUACAUAUAAAGUUUGGUCACUCGAAUCAGUAGUCAUGAAAAAGAAAGCAUUGUGGGCGCUUGUGGUGAUUUGGGGUAUCACAUGUGGUUCUCGUGGGUGUUGGGAACAAGAAAGGGUUGCACUCUUAGCGCUCAAUGCCACAUUUGACCUGAUAUAUAGGGUGGACACCGGGGGAUCAUAUUUCAACUGUUGUAGCUGGGAAGGUGUUGAGUGCAAUCCCACCACAGGGCGAGUCACUCAUCUAAUGCUCUUCUCUUCGAGAUAUUACCUUUCCGGCUUCAAAACUUGGUACCUAAACGCUUCUCUACUUCUUCCCUUUGAAGAACUCAAGAGCCUUGACUUGUUCAACAACCAUUUAACAGGGUGGAUUGCACCGGAAGAACCAAAUCUGCUAUCUUCAAGGCUGAGCAAACUAGAGGAACUUGACUUGAGUUAUAACUCUCUGGAUAAUUCUAUUCUAUCCAUUCUCGGUACAAUUCCAUCUCUUCGACGUCUGUCCCUCGGUUACAACAAUUUGAACGGGACUUUACAUGUGAAUGAACCAAACCUGCUAUCUUCAAGGCUGAGCAAACUAGAGGAACUUGACUUGAAUGGUGGUUUCAAUAAUUUGAUGGAGCUAGACAUAAGUGGUAACGCUAUCGAUGCAGUGGCUACUUUUGAAGGUACUAUUUCAGUUUGCAUGAACGAGCCUCGUUUUUAUUCAUAUAUUAAACUAACUAGCCUAUGAGUCGUGCGGACUCUUUAAUACCAUUACAUGGGCUUCACAUGAUGAAUAUAGAAGUCAUAUAUUGCAACCCCCUUCUCUUUCCAUAUAGAAAUGUUGUUGAUUCAAAGGAUUCCUAUCCCGAGGCAUCUGCAUGGGUGCUUUCAUUAUUUACUUUGGAUAAUUCUAUUAUACCCGUUCGCGGUAUAAUUUUGACUCUUAGGUGUCUAUUCUCCAAACAACAUUUGAAUGGGACUUUACAUGUGAAUGUGAAUGAUAGUUUCUCCAGCUUAUUCUCUAUUCAUAAUUCCAUACAAAAUCGCUAUCCUUGACUUGAGAUAGCAAUAUUUGUGGACAAAUUAGGUGAUCUCAGUAAUUUAAAGGAGCUAGACAUAAGUUAUAAUGCAGUCGAUGUAGUGGCUAUUUUUUAAGGUAUUGUUUCAGUUUUCAUGUAGAAUCCUCAUUUUUAUUCAUAAAUUAAAUUGACUAGACUGUGAUUCAUGCAUGCUCUUUCAUAUCUUUACAUGUGUUUCAUAUUAAGAAUAUAGAAGUCAUAUAUUGUAAUCCCCUUCCCUUUUCGUAUACAAAUGUUGCUGAUUGAAAAGAUAUCUAACCCAAGGCAUCAGUGUGGGUGCUUUCCCAACUUAACUGCCAAGCAAGUUAAUUACUUGGAAUUUUACUGCUAGGCAUCAAAAACUUGAGCCACUUAGAGAAUCUCUACCUAGAUUAUGUCCACUUGAAGCAUGUGGGGACCGUCGUGCAAGCAUUAGGGGCACUGUCAUCUCUAAGGAUCCUUUCUCUCCAACAUAAUACAAUAGAAGGAACAAUUACUACUCAAGAUUUCCAUAACUUGAUAAGUUGGAACAACUCAUCUUGGAUGGUUCUUCAUUCAACCCAAGCAUAGGAAUCCUUUCCAGCCUUGGUUCGUUGACAUCCCUUAGAUGGUUGUCCUCAUCCAGCACCUAUCUAAGUGGCAACCUAUCAGAUCAUAGCUUGUGUAACCUGGUAAAACUAGAAGAGUUGGAUCUUAGCUUUAACGGAAUUACUGGCAGGCUUCCUACAUGUUGGCGAAACAUGUCCUCCAUUCGGAUUCUGAAUCUUGAAGACAAUGAAUUUACAGAUAGUGUCGUGUCAUCUCCCCUCACUAGUCUUACAUCUCUUGAAUUUCUUUCCAUUUUGGGCAGCCAUUUUGAUAUCCCCUCAUCACUCGGCCCACUUACAAACCAUUCAAGACUUAAGGUGCUAAUUCUUGAUGACACCAAACUAACAACUGAUACCAAAGUUGCAUCUUUGAUCCCGAGGUUCCAGUUGAAGGUUUUAAGUAUGUCAAAUAGUCCAUCAAGAGGAUUUGAAUUGACUUCUUUGGGCUUUCUCAAUCAUCAAUAUGACCUGAGAAUUUUGGAUCUCUCCUCGAAUGACAUUCGGGUCCUUUCCAGGCAUGGUUGUUGGAAAACAACACCAAGUUGGAAAAGCUUUUUAUGGCAAAUAACUUAUUUACGACACUUGAGGUUCCAUCAAUGACCCUUUUUAAUCUUUCAAGCAUGGACAUAUCCAACAACAACAUGAGAGGAGAGCUCACUACUGAUUUUUGCGCAAAUGUCCCAAAUCUGUCCCACCUUAUUCUAUCAGCCAAUAGAUUGAAAGGGAAUAUUCCAUCUGAACUGGGUAGUAUAAAAUCCCUACAUAUCUUAGACCUGUCUAGCAACAAUUUCUCAGGGGGACUACCUAUCCAGUUACUAGGUAGUAAAUUGGGUCACCUCAAUGUAGCAUAUAACAAAUUGCAAGGAGAAGUUGUACUUUCUGACCACACCAUGAACCCAUGUUUUUCACAUUUGCGGUUAGACCACAACUUGUUCACUGGAAGUCUCUCUUUUCUUUCAUCAAUCGUAAAUUUGCGGGAAUUGGACGUUAGCAACAAUAUUUUCACCGGCAAGCUUCCCAGAUUGAUUGCAAACAUGUCAUCGCUUGUGGCCCUUGACUUGUCCAAAAAUCAAUUGGAUGGCCUCAUCCCUCAAGAACUUUGGAAUUUUGGUGAGCUUGAGUAUUUGGAUUUGUCUAACAACAAUCUCUCUGGUUCAUUACCAUCAUUUUUUAUCUCGAGUGGGUGCGUCACAUCCAUCUGAGUAGGAACAAAUUGAAUGGUACACUCGUGCAUGCACUCUCUAAUGGCUUACGGUUGGUGACCUUGGAUCUGAGUGAAAAUGAGUUCUCCGGAAGCAUACCCUAUUGGCUAGGUAGCCUCUCACAAUUGAAGAUUCUUUUACUGAAAGGUAAUAGCUUCUAUGGAACAUUUCCCGAGCAAUUGUGCAAAUUGAAAAGCUUAAGUAUGAUCGAUCUUUCUGAAAACAAUCUGUUUGGCCCAUUACCUAGUUGCUUGGGACCCAUGAAUUUAUCCAAAGAUUACAUUGAUAAGGUAACUUCAUCAUCGGACAUUGGAUCUGUAAUUGCAUUAUGGUCACCUUGGUCUUAUGUGAGGAGAAAUAAACCCAAUACUGACUUUCAUUUUGUCUAUCAUAAAGAAGUGGAAGAAAAAUUUCAAGCUCCACAUACUGUUGGGUUCACAACGAAAGGAAGGUUUGAUUCUUACAAAGGCUACACGCUUCUUAAAAUGGUGGGACUCGAUUUUUCUUGCAACCAGUUCAGUGGCGAGAUCCCAUCGGAGAUAGCAAUCUCACAAGAAAUGCUUGUGCUGAACCUGUCACAUAACAAGCUUAUAGGACGUAUACCAAUGUCAUUGUCGAGCCUCACGAAGAUAGAGAGCAUUGACCUUUCCUACAACAACUUGAUUGGUUCUAUCCCUGAAGAGCUUACUCAGUUGAAUUCCCUAGAAGUCUUCAAUGUGUCUUACAACAACUUGUCAGGAGCCAUACCAAACAAAUAUCAAUUUGGGGCAUUCGAUGAAAGCAGUUACUAUGGAAACCAUCUUCUAUGUGGAUUGCCGUUGAGUAAGAAGUGCUCGACAACCAUUAACGAUAAUUGCUCAACAACAAAAUCACGCGUGUCAACUAAAGAAGAUGGUUUCAUAGACAAAGAGACAUUCUAUAUCAGCUUCGGAGUGUCAUACACGAUGGUUGGACUGGUAAUUCCAAUUGUUCUAUUCAUCAACCCCCAAUGGCGACAUGGAUGGUUUCACUAUGUGGAACUGGUUAUCAACACAUGUCAGAGCUUGUUCAUCACAUGUUACUAUUUUGUGCAGGACGGUUUUCGAAAAUUGUUCAGAGGCCAAACAUUUUAAGUUCUCUCGCUCUGCAUUUCCAAGUAAUGGCAGGAUUGGGUUUUUUUCCUAUUGUUUGUUAUUGUCGUUGAUCAACAUUGGCCUCAAUGUGGAUCUAUUAGGUCAGUGUAAGUUCUUACCUUCACAACUGAAUAAGGUCUUGUUCUACUUUCCUUGAA